AUGGUCGCUCUCUCGAAUUCUGUUCGUCAUCACACUCACCAGCAGCCACCAUUUGCCUGGAGUUCACACGACGGUCAUCUCUCGCUGGUGCCGACCGUCGCUGCCUCAGAACGAAACUCCCACCGCUCAUGGUCGCUCUCUAGAAUUCAGUUCAUCAUCACACUCGUUGUUGUACGACAUGAACUUGACAGUGAAGGACCUCGUCGGCCGUUCUCCACCACCACCGGCGUCGCCGUCUCAGCCUGCCAUACUACCGCCGUCUUCUCGUUCCGCCAUCUGAUUGCCGCCGCAGUCUCAUUCCCGCCUUCCGACCGCUGCCGCAUUACUGAUAGGGUAGACUGUAGAGUCACGAACAUUAGGGGUUGA